CAGCCUGAACCACUUUCCGAGGCCAACGACGCAGCGGUUAAGGUGCUGGGGCUGCUGGUGUGGGCUCUCAUUGCCGACACGCCGCACCACUUGUAUCCGGCCUAUGGCUGGGUGAUGUUUGUCGCUGUCUUCCUGUGGCUGAUGACAAUCGUUGUCUUCCUGUUCUACCUGUUCCAGCUGCACCUGAGGUUCUACACGGUGCCCUGGCCGCUGGCGUUGAUGAUCUUUAAUGUUGGGGCCACUGUUCUCUACGUCACGGCCUUCAUCGCCUGCUCGGCUGCCGUCGAGCUAACAUCCCUGAAAGGCACUCGGCCGUAUAACCAGCGUGCAGCUGCCUCCGCUCCUCAGCCCUGCAGCCCCCGGCCCGCCCUCGUGUAA